AUGCCCCCCUACGUCCCCCGAAAGCGUCUCUCUUCCGAGGAUCCGCCCGCCGCAAAACGUCGUCAUGCGACGCCUCCCAUCGCCGCUGUCAUCGAAGACACCGACACCGAAUCGUCCCUGAGCGACGUCCCCGAAGAGACAGAAACGCCCCAGGUACCAGAUGGAUCGGAUGAGGAAAGCAGCGACUCCGACGAGGUCGACUGGGAAGACGCCAUAGAGUCCAAUGCCAACGCCACCCCAGUUACGCCCUCCAUCCUUAAUCCCGACCAGCACCAGGACCUGGAGUUGACACUAGACAAGAACGAGAUCCACCUGACUGAUCUACUCGAAGGCAAAAAGGGCCCGUCAAAGAUCGAACGCCAGAUCCGCAUCCAAACCCAUUGUCUACAUGUGCAAUUUCUGCUCCACCACAACGCCAUCCGCAAUGUCUGGGCCAACGACUCUCAGCUGCACGAGAUCUUGCGCCGCAAGCUACCCCAACCCAUACACAAGGAGGUUAAGAAAUGGCGCAUUGCAUCCGGUCUCGAGGCUCCAGAGCCGCCUCCUGAGAAGAAGUCGAAGAAAGGAAAAGGGAAACAGCGUCGUCAAUCAGAACGGGAUUGGGCUGAAGGCUCGUCGCGACUUGAACCUGGUCAACCUGACAUGAGCAGCGGUGAUCCUAUCAUCAUUCUGCUCAAGGUCCUCGCCGCCUACUGGAAGAGCAAGUUCAAGAUCACCGCCCCUGGCCUACGGAAACACGGCUACCGCCCCAUGGCUCAGUUGGAGGCUCAGAUCAAGUCUUUCCACAAGGACGACCACGAUCCCGAAAAGCACGGCGAGAGGAUAGCCAGCAUUGAAGAGUUCCGUCACGCUGCAGAGAACAUGCAGGGCUCUCGAGACGUGGGCGCCCAACUGUUCACGGCUCUGCUGCGUGCGCUCAAUAUCGAAGCCCGACUGGUAGCCAGUCUGCAGCCCCUUGGCUUCGGCUGGACCAAGAGCGAGACCUAUACUACCAAGCCGAGCGCAGACACCGAACCAACGACGGAGAACGCAGAAACUGAAGACGCCAUUGACAUGGAAUCCGAUAGCAGUGAGGACGACACAAAGUCCGCCCGCAGCAAAUAUUUCAGCAAAUACGACGAGGACCUACCCUUUCCCAUCUACUGGACCGAAGUCGCCUCGCCCAUCACCCACCAAAUCAUCCCCGUCGAUCCGCUUAUCCUUCGCAACCCCGUCGCCACCACUCCCGAGCUCCAAGCAGCCUUCGAGCCUCGUGGCGGCAAAGCCGAAAAGGCGAAGCAAGUCAUCUGCUACGUCGUGGCCUACUCAUCCGACAAAACUGCCAAAGACGUGACAACACGCUAUCUCCGCCGCCGCACCUGGCCCGGCAAAACCAAAGGCUACCGAAUCCCCGUCGAGAAGAUCCCCAUACCAGGCCGCAAAGGCAAAUUCUACGAAAUCGACUGGUUCCGCGUAAUCCUCCGCGUCUACCAACGCCCUACGCCCCUACGCACCGCCGUCGACGAUCUGGAAGACACCAAGGACCUCCUCCCGAACCAACCCGAACGCAAACCCGGCAAAGAAGGCGACACGCUCCAAAGCCUGCGCACAUCCACCGAAUUCGUCCUCGAACGCUUCCUCCGGCGCGAAGAAGCCCUCAAACCCGGCGCACGCCACGUCCGCACCUUCAAAACAGGCAAAGGCGCCAAAGCCAAAGAAGAGAAAGUCUUUCGGCGCAAAGACGUCCUGAAAUGCCUAUCCGCCGAAAGCUGGCACAAAGAAGGCCGGCGACCCAAAGAGGGCGAAAUGCCCCUAAAACGGGUGCCCAUUCGCGCCGUCACUCUCCUCCGCAAACGCGAAGUCGACGAAUUCGAGCGCCAGAACGGCGAAAAGCCCAAACAGGGCCUUUACGCUAUCCAUCAAACGGAAUACAUCAUCCCAGAUCCAAUCUGCAAUGGCGUCAUCCCUAAAAACGAAUACGGCAACAUUGACUGCUUCGUCCCUAGCAUGGUGCCCCGCGGCGCGGUCCAUAUUCCCUGGUCCGGAACCGUGCGCGUAUGCAAGAAACUCGGCGUCGAUUACGCAGAAGCAGUCACGGGGUUCGAGUUCGGAUCGAAGAUGGCGGUUCCUGUUAUUCAGGGCGUGGUUGUCGCAGAGGAGAACGAGGACCUCGUUAAAGAUGCUUGGUUAGCGGAUGACGCAGAGAAACGUAAACGGGAGCAGCGCAAAGCCGAGGCACGUAUCCUACAGACUUGGCGGAAGUUUCUCUUCGGGUUGCGGAUUAAGCAGCGCGUGCAGGAGGAGUACGGUGGUAAUGCAGACGAGGGGGUGGAUCACGAGCGGGAUGCUCAUAAUCCGUUUACGAAUCGUCGUGGUCGGUUACCUGAUCAGGAUGCUUCUGCUUCUGCAUCUGCUCCUGCCCCGGAUGAACCCGACGAUGAAGUCCAUGGUGGCGGGUUCUUACUCCCUGGUGAGGAUGAGGAGGGUGCGGAUGAAGAUCGAGGUGGUGGAUUUCUUCUUCCUGGUCAGGAUGGAGAUGAUCAUGAUGAUGGGGGAUUAAUUGUU